AACCUCUUCUUUUCUUCACAUCCACCUCUUUAUUAACCUCAGCUUUUGUGUUCGUCGGGAGGAUGACGAAGACGACGGCGAAAGAUGAGUGGGUUCGUGAGGCGAUGACCAACGACAACGUGGUUGUGGAGUUUCUCGUAAGGCUCAAGCAAACCCAGGACGCGUCACGGCCUCCCAAAUCUGCGGUGGCUGCUCUUAGAUGGGGGAUGCGUCAGCCCAGGUCUAGACCCACGCUGAUGGCUUGCGACGCUAAGAUAGAUGGUGGAGAUUUCAACGUCGGCAGUAGAGGUAGCCCCACCACGCCUCUUUCUUGGAGCGGUGGUGGAGGCGCCGCAUCUCCUCUCGCCGCCGAUGGUUUUGAAGAAACCUGUAGCAGUCACCUCCGUGGCUCUCCACCAGCUGCACCUUCCAGAUCCAAGGGCACUACUGCGAAUGAGGCCACUAGCACAAGUACCAAAAGAUCAAGAAAAAAGACAUUUGCAGAACUUAAGGAGGAGGAAAAUCGGCUAUUGGAAGAAAGUGUAUAUUUGAAAAGGGUGUUGGAUGAAUUCAAGUGGGUGGGGAGGAUUGAUACUAAGACGUGGAGUUCAAAUGUCGAUGGAGAGGAGAAAAUAGGCUCUGGUGUUGUCUGCAAUCCUUCAACUCUGCCCAUUGAUGAGCGGAAACCGAUGCCGGAUUUGUGCAAGGCUGGUUGUAGUGAGCAGGAGAGUGUUUUCUUAUUGCCUGAUCUAAAUAUGAUGCCUUGUGAAGAUGAUUAG